CACCGCAAUAAUUUGGGAAACCCUAAAAACACAUCCUUUCUCUCUUUUUAUUUAACAUUUUCUUCCCUUUUUUUUCACUCUCCGUCGUCGCUUGCUCAUCGGCCUCCGUGUUGCAAUACAUCAAAUAUACUCUCCGGCCGCCGUCAGGCCGUUCCUCUACCCAGUCCUUUCCUUUUCCAUACUCAAUCAUCCCUUUCUUCCGCCGUUUGUGGUCAUUUCUACUUUCCACUUUCCACUUUCCACUUUCCGUCUCUCUCAUUUGCAUCCUCAUUCUUUGUACCCUAACGGAAACCUUGAAAAGCAGCUCUAAAGUGAUGACCCACUGCUAUCAGGCCUAGAAUCAGCUUCCGCGCUUCAUUUACUUCACCCUUCCCUCGCUCUACUCUCUAUUUAAAAUCCCAAAAUUUGAAGGAAUUAUUGAGGAGGGGAAAUGAAGAAAUGAAUCAAAGGAAUUUCUGGCAUCUUUGUCUGGUCUAAGGCCGUUGGCUUUUGAUGCUUUGUUAAGAAUUUUAGAAUCAGAAAAAUGGAGCUGCGAAUGAAGGUGGCGCAGGCAGUCCAUGUGCUGAAUCAUGACAAAGAAUCUUGUAAUCGUGUCGCAGCGAAUCAGUGGUUGGUCCAAUUCCAACAGACCGAUGCAGCCUGGGAGGUCGCCACCUCCAUCCUUUCCUCCGAUCAUCAACCUUUCCUCUCUGAUUAUGAAGUGGAGUUUUUUGCCGCUCAGAUUCUCAAACGGAAGAUCCAGAAUGAAGGGUAUUAUUUGCAGUUGGGAGUUAAAGAUGCUUUGCUUAAUGCCCUUCUUGUGGCUGCUAAAAGGUUUGGUUCGGGACCUCCACAGCUUUUAACCCAAAUCUGCCUCGCACUCUCUGCGCUUAUACUUCGUUCUGCUGAGCAUGGAAAACCCAUUGAACAGCUUUUUUAUAGUAUACAAAAUCUGCCGACCCAGAAUGAUGGGAUUGUUGCCGUACUUGAGAUGCUCACUGUUCUACCAGAAGAAAUUGUUGACACCCAAAAUACUGAUUGUAAAAUAAGUGCAUCUCACAGAAACCAGUAUGGACAGGAGCUCCUUUCACAUACUCCUAUGAUUAUUGAAUUCCUACUCCAGUUAUCUGAAAAUAAGUUUGAAGGUGGAAUGCAACCAAAUGAAAGGAACAGAAAAGUUCUCCGUUGCUUACUCAGUUGGGUUCGAGCUGGGUGCUUCUCUGAGAUUCCUGAAGUUUCAUUUUCAACACAUCCACUGCUUAAUUAUGUAUUCAAUUCACUACAGGUACCCUCUUCAUUUGACUUGGCCAUUGAAGUUCUUGUUGAACUAGUGAGUCGUCAUGAGGGGCUGCCUCAAGUUUUGCUAUGCAGAGUACCUUUUCUUAAAGAAAUGCUUCUUCUACCUGCUCUUACGGGGGGAGAUGUGAAGGUGAUUGCCGGCCUUGCAUAUUUGAUGUCCGAAAUUGGGCAGGCUGAACCAUCUUUGAUUGUAGAGGCAAGUGCUGAGGCACGGGCUCUGACAGAUGCUCUGUUGAGCUGUGUCGCUUUUCCCUGUGACGACUGGGAUAUUGCGGAUUCAACUUUGCAAUUUUGGUCUGGUCUUGCAAGCUACAUACUUAAUCUUGACAUUGAUGGUACAAAUAAGAAAAAUGUCGAAGGCAUGUUUUUUUCUGUAUUUUCAGCAUUACUUGAUGCUCUUCUGCUACGUGCUCAGGUGGAUGAAUCUACAUUUAAUGAUGAGAGUGGAACUUUCGACUUGCCAGAUGGUCUUGUCCAAUUUAGGAUGGAUCUUGUUGAACUUUUGGCGGAUAUGUGUCAUCUACUGCAACCUGCUACAUUUGUACAAAAGCUUUUCUUCAGUGGUUGGUUUUCCACAAAUGCAGCUAUACGUUGGAAAGAGGUGGAAAUAAAAUUGUUUGCCCUUAAUGUGGUUUCCGAUGUAGUCUUGCAAGGGGGCCACACUUUCGAUUUUUUGGUAGAUAUGCAGUUGAUCACAGCGUUGUCUUCCUGGCCAUCUGAUGAUCUCAAGGGAUUCAUGUGCAUUGUUUACAGAUCAGCGGCAGAUGUUAUUGGUUCCUAUUCCAAGUUGCUAUCUACCCUGCAAAUUAAUGCUAGACCUUUACUAUUGUUUCUUGCUGCAGGGAUUUCAAAACCUCUCUCCUCAAAUUCUUGUGCAUCUGCCCUCCGCAAACUUUGCGAAGAUGCUUCUGCUGUGAUGUUUGAGCCAUCAAAUCUGGAUAUCUUUUUGUGGAUAGGAGAGGCUUUGGAGAAGAAGUGUCUUCCUUUGGAAGAUGAAGAAGAAGUCGUUACUGCAAUCAUCUUGGUCCUUGGUCAUGUAUCUAACAAGGAGCUGCAGAACAAUUUGUUGUCUAAAUUGCUAUCAUCUAGCUAUGAUGCUAUUGGGAAACUUAUUGACGAUGAUAAUACCAGUUCUAUAAGGCAGAAUCCAGCUGCUUAUAUGCAAAUUAUGGGCUGCGCAACAAGGGGGCUGCACAGGAUGGGAAUCGUCUUCAGUCAUCUGGCAAUGCCUCUGCCAUCUGAGGCUUCUACUGAUAAUCCCAUGAUUGCUGUAAUUAGUGUUUUUUGGCCUAUGCUGGAGAAGCUUUUUGCUUCAGAACACAUGGAGAACAGUAGUUUGUCUGCUGCAGCUUGUCGUGCCCUUUCGCUAGCAAUUCAAUCCUCAGGCGAGCACUUUGAAAUUCUUCUGCCCAAAAUAUUAGAUUGCCUGUCUACAAACUUUUUGUCUUUUCAAAGUCAUGAAUGCUACAUCAAAACUGCUUCGCUUGUUAUCGAAGAGUUUGGUCACAAGGAGGGGUACGGUCCUCUGUUCAUUAGCACAUUUGAACGAUUUACUCAAGCAUCUUCAGUAAUGUCCCUUAAUUCUUCAUAUGUAUGUGACCAAGAACCUGACCUAGUAGAGGCCUACACAAAUUUUGCAUCUACAUUUGUUCGUGGCUCUCAUAAGGAAGGAUUGGCUGCAUCCGGUGCUCUUCUAGAAAUCUCUUUUCAAAAGGCAGCUAUAUGCUGCACUGCUAUGCAUCGUGGGGCAGCACUUGCAGCUAUGUCGUACUUAUCUUGUUUCUUGGAAGUUGGCUUGGCUUCUUUGUUGGAAUCAAUGACCUUUUCUCCUGAAGGAUCAUUUGGUGCCACAUCAAUACAUGUUAUUUCCCAUAGUGGGGAGGGACUUAUAUCAAAUAUAUUGUAUGCUCUGCUCGGUGUCUCAGCAAUGUCGCGGGUCCACAGGUGUGCAACAAUAUUGCAACAAUUGGCUGCAUUUUGCUGUUUGAGCGAGAGAACAACUUGGAAGACCAUUCUUUCUUGGGAAGUUUUGCAUUCAUGGUUACAAGCAGCGGUGCAGGCUCUUCCAGCUGACUAUCUAAAGCAGGGAGAAGCUGAAACAAUGGUGCCCAUUUGGUUGAAGGCCCUCGCUGGUGCUGCCUCGGAUUAUCUUGAGAGCAAGAGCACUAAUGGAAGGACGGGCAAUUACGGGCAUAUGCAAGGGAAAGGAGGGAGGGUGCUGAAACGAGUAAUCCGCGAGUUUGCAGAUAGCCACCGCAAUAUACCUAAUUUCAUCUAACUGCAGCAAACCUAUAUACAAAAAGCGUGUCGCAUGCAGCUUUCCGACGAAAUUGCUUAUCGAGAAAUGUAAUUAUUCUGGUUUUCAAGCCUCAGUCAAUUUGGGACUGGGAGUUAGCCAGUGAAAAGAAAAUGGUACUGAGAAUGUGUUUCUUGUACAGCUUAUUGCCCAUUGCCUCCAUUUUUGUUUAGAUUAGGGCUUUGUGCGAGAGCAUAAGAAAAUGGGAAUCACGGCGUCCUACAUUCUCUCUUUAUUUGCACCAGAGAAUACAUUGUACUUACAAGGGAUGUAAUUUAACCAUUGAUUUCUAUUUUCUUUACUCAAUUAUUAAUAAUACAAAUUAUUAUUUAUUU